AUGAAGACAAGGAGACACAGCAAACCACACUCUGCCUUCCCCAUCCUGAUAAUCUUUGCUUUGUGUUUGCAAACAAGUGCAAACCACACCGAUUACCCGAGAGUUACAAACGAAACCUGGAAUCCUACCAGCCAAAAUCUAAGUGGAAGCCAGAACAUAACCAAAGCCAAUACAGAUUCUCCUCUGAGCAUCAACUUCAGCAGCAAAACGACUACUCUGGAAAUGCAGACGGGGACCCUGCAAUCCUCAUCCGCCACAACGGCCCAAAAUCUCACAUCCUCCCCUGCCAACAGUGCCGCGGCCACUUCUGCCACUGUCGGAUCCAGGAAUUCCAGCAAACCCAAGAGUACAAGGACAAAAGAAAACUGUGAAGACAGCAAGUCUCUCAUAAUGAUCUGCUUCAUUGUAAUAGCAGUGCUCGUGCUCAUCUGCACCUUCUUAUUUCUGUCGACAGUCGUAAUAGCCAACAAAAUGUCUUAUCUCAGGAAAGCUCAGCAGGGAAAACGCAGGCCCAGGAGCAAUGGUGAUAUCCUGGCAACCAACAGCUUGUGGCCAACGGCUGCAGGGACGUGGCAGAGGAUGAAGGAGACGACUGGAACUGAGUUGAUAUUGCAGGACUUGAUACCAGGGAGAGACACCGCGAUCCCAAGGGAAACUGAAGCUGAAACUACCAAGAAACUCACUAAGGAAGCAGACAACAAGCAGGGAAGCAAAGAGCCAUUGAAGGCUCACAAACCCAUUUUAAGCAAUUUUGUAGUUGAGAUUUAA